AUGCUUUAUCUACACACGAGGCCGAAGAAAGAGACCUGCGAACUGAAGCAUGUGAACGGCAGCGAGAGCACAUAUGGAAGUGUGCAGUUCUACUACAAGGAAGGAAGAAUCUGUGACCUGACCCCAGGCCCGGUUCAGUGUUUGUUCUGCUGA